AUGGCUGGUCCUCCACCCCCACCUCCACCUCCCCCUCCAGCGCUUGGAGGGUCGUCUAAUUUACCUCCUGGUCCACCCUCAGCUAUGCCCGCUGGCAGAGAUGCUUUACUCGGUGAUAUUAGAAAAGGUGCAAGAUUGAAGAAAGCAACAACCGUUGAUAAAUCAAAGCCCAUUUUAGAUUCUAAGUCGUCUGGAUCCAUUGGGGCACGAGCUCCUCCAUCGUCUUCGUCAGGAUCGCAUGGUGCGCCAGCUCCUCCUCCUCCUAGUGGAGUUCCCCAGUUGGGAGACAUUUUUGCAGGUGGUAUGCCAAAAUUGAAGUCUGUAAAUAAGCAUGAUAAUAGGUCAGGAAUAGUACCUCCAUCAGCACCCAAGAUCCCGGUGCCUUCAUCUAGGCCACAAGCUAGCAAGCCGCAAGCAGCUCCACCUAUGCCAUCGUCAAGACCUAGUAGACAUACCGAACAAAAGCCAUCGAUACCUUCGGUACCAUCAGUUUCAGCUCCGCCGGUACCUUCGACUCCUGCUCCACCACCAUUAUCCAAUGUUCCAGGCCUUGGCUCGAAGUCUGGAUUAAAAGUACCACCAAAAAUGCCGCCAAACAGACCAAAAAAAUCGUCACAUUUGAAAUCCGGCUCGGUGAAUUCAAUUAGUUCCUUUGAAGAUGAAAAUUCCUCAACACCGUCUUCAAUUCCUACAUCUCCACCACCACCACUUCCAGCAUCGUCUGCUCCACCACCACCACCACUUCCAACAUCUUCUGCUCCACCACCACCACCACUUCCAGCAUCUUCUGCUCCUACACCUCCCCCAGUACCAUCAUCAGGUGCUCCUCCCCCGCCUCCGUUACCGAACUUUUCAGCUGCAUUUCAAAAACCUUCAGCUUCAAGGACACUGUCCCUGGCUCCGACACCUCCCGCUAGUGGUGGAGCAUUACCAUUUUUGGCUGAAAUUAAUGCAAAGAGAGACGAAUCGUACGUCGUUGAUUCUACCCCAUCAUCUUCAAGUGCUAUAAGAAAUAGCGGACUUUCAAACAUUUCAAAGUCGCUGCCAAAUACUUCUGCUCCACCUAAACCCAUAUCGCAUCCACCAGCACCGAAGGCACCACCUAUUCCCAAAACUAAUGCACCACCACCUGCUCCACCUGCUCCACCUGCUCCACCCGCUCCACCUGCAAUUCCAAGCUUCUCUAGCUCGUCGAGUUCGAAUUCGAAGCCUCCAGCUCCACCUCAAGGCUCUUUACCUUUCCUUGCUGACAUUAAUUCCAAAAGAGAUGAUAAUAACAUAAUUGAUGAGAGUCUGAACACAUCUGUUCCUGCCCCAAAAGCGCAACCAUCGUCGAAUGUCCCAAACCCACUGUUGAUCCCACCCACACCGCCAUCUAUUGCUCCGUCGCCUGUUUCUAACCCAAGCAGACCACCACCAACACCAAAGAACUUCCAACUGCCCACACCGCCUGUUUCUCUGGCGCCUCCAUUACCACCAUCCUCGGCUCCUAGUACACCUUCACUACCAAAUUCAGUGCCUCCCUCAUUACCUGCUUCUAACGCAUAUUCCAAGACGAAGAAAACUCCUCCGCCUCCUCCUCCUCCGGCAGGUAAAAGCUCCAUACCAGUAGAUCUGCAACAAAAUGCUGGUGAGUCUCUAAGAAAAAUAUCUGCUCUGGCCUACACUAUUAAUACGUCACAAAAUAGAAAUGGCAAAGCUGGUAAUUCAUCUUCUAAAACUGUAAUUGAAGACACUGGAAAAAGGUUCAAAUUUAUUAAUGCAUCUUCCAUUCCACACCCAAGAAGAUAUGGAGAAAACGGUGAUCAUACUAAGUUAUAUCCUAGUGGUAGAGGUUCAUCUGUUCCAUUAGAUUUAAGUUUAUAUUCAUAA